UAUUUCUCUCUCUCUCUCUCCAUAUCUCUUCUUUUGCUUCAUCUUCAUUGAUCGUCAUGGCAAGAACCAGAAACAGAAACCCAUAAAUUGUAUCCUCUCAGCUUUCUCAACGGUUUUCUUGAAUUUUAACUAGAAAGAGCCUCUGCUUCUUCGUCUUCUUCUCUCUCUCCAUCAUCAAAACAUCUUAAAGCUUCUUCCUCUUCUCAUCAAAAUGCGUGUUCAUCGCUUGUGGGUGAUCGUCAUCUUCCUCACAGAGCUACUACUAUGCUUCCGCCCCUCGGAAUCCCAGACCCCCCUCACGUGCCACCCACGUGACCUCAACGCCUUGCGCGACUUCAUAACCAACCUCGAACCAAAACCAGAAGACUGGCUCGCCAACGACAAUUGCUGCAGCUGGACCGGGAUCACCUGCAACUCUUCCUUCACCGGAAGAGUCACAAAACUAGAACUCGGUAACAAAAAGCUGUCGGGCACCCUGUCGGAAUCUCUAGGAAACCUCGACCAGAUCAAAGUCCUCAACCUCUCACGGAACUUCAUCAAAAAGUCGAUCCCUCUCUCCAUCCUCACCUCGCCGACUCUACAAACCCUCGACUUGAGCUUCAACGAUCUCUCCGGAGAGAUCCCACAAGCCCUAAACCUACCGUCUCUGCAAAGCCUCGACCUUUCCACAAAUAACUUCAACGGGUCCUUGACUCGUUCCAUCGGUAACCUCUCUAGCCUCGUUCGUCUCGAUGUCUCGUGGAACUCGUUUUCAGGUGAGAUCCCUGACGUGUUCCGCGAGUUGACUCGGUUGAAGUAUCUCUCAGCUCAGACGAACAGACUAAGCGGAGGGAUACCUAGAUCGUUAGCGAGUUCACGGACGUUAAAUCUGCUUAACUUAAGGAACAACUCGUUAACGGGUCCGUUACUGUUGAACUGCACGGCGAUGGUUGAGUUAAACUCUCUCGAUUUAGGUACUAACCGGUUCAACGGCCGGUUACCUGAGAAUCUUUCGGUUUGCAAACGGUUAAAGAACGUUAACCUGGCGCGAAACGGUUUCCGUGGAGAAGUCCCAGAGAGCUUCAAGGACUUCCAGAGCCUAUCUUACUUCUCCUUAUCCAACUCUAGCUUGGUUAACAUCACGUCCGCGCUUAGGAUACUUCAGAACUGUAAAAACUUAACGGCGCUUGUCCUCACGUUAAACUUUAACGGAGAGGCGUUACCUCCUGACGACGCGAGUAUUGUUGGGUUCGAGAAGCUUAAAGUGCUCGUAGUUGCGAAUUGUAGGCUAACCGGUUCGGUUCCGAGAUGGUUAAGCUCGAGUAGGGAUCUUCAGCUGCUGGAUCUCUCUUGGAACCGGUUAACCGGAGCUAUACCGAGCUGGAUUGGUGAUUUCAAUUAUCUAUUCUACUUGGAUCUAUCCAACAACUCGUUUACAGGAGAGAUCCCAAAGAGCCUUACUCAACUCCAGAGUCUGACAAGUGGAAGCAUCUCAUUGGACGAACCGUCUCCUGACUUUCCUUUCUUCAUGAAGAGGAACGAGAGCGCAAGAGGUUUACAGUACAAUCAGAUCGUUGGUUUCCCGCCAACUAUUGAGCUUGGUAAUAACAACCUCUCUGGACCUAUCUGGGAGGAGUUUGGUGAUUUGAAGAAGCUUCAUGUGUUUGAUCUGAAGUGGAAUGAGUUGUCUGGUUCUAUCCCUAGCUCGCUCUCUGGUAUGACAAGCUUGGAGCUUCUUGAUCUUUCUAACAACCGUCUCUCGGGAUCCAUCCCUGGUUCUUUGCAGAACCUGACAUUUCUGUCUAAGUUUAGUGUCGCUGGUAACAAUCUGUCUGGAAGGAUACCUUCUGGUGGUCAGUUUCAGACGUUCCCAAACUCGAGUUUCGAGUUUAACAACCUCUGCGGGGAACGUAGGUUCCCCUGUUCCGGAGAAGCGAGUUCUGCCGGAACAACAUAUAUCAAACAUUCAAGAAGAAGAAGCAGAGGAGGUGAGAUUGGUAUGGCUGUUGGGAUCGCGUUCGGUUCGGUCUUCCUUCUCACUCUUUUAGCUUUGAUCGUGUUGCGUGCGCGUAGACGGUCAGGGGAAGUUGAUCCGGAGAUAGAAGAAGAGAGCAUGAACCGGAAAGAAAUCGAAGAGACUGGUUCUAAGAUUGUGGUGCUGUUUCAAAACAAUAAUGAUAAUGCUCUCUCCUAUGAUGAUCUUUUGGACUCUACAGACAGCUUUGAUCAAUCCAACAUUAUCGGCUGCGGCGGGUUCGGUAUGGUUUACAAAGCAGUGUUACCAGACGGGAGAAAAGUAGCGAUCAAACGGUUAUCAGGAGACUGCGGUCAGAUCGAAAGAGAGUUCAAAGCAGAAGUUGAAACACUCUCGAGAGCGCAACAUCCAAAUCUUGUUCUACUCCAAGGGUUCUGUUUCUACAAUACCGACCGGCUUUUGAUCUAUUCUUACAUGGAGAACGGAAGCUUAGACUACUGGCUACACGAGCGCAACGACGGUCCAGCUUUGUUGGACUGGAGAACUCGGGUUCGAAUCGCUCAGGGAGCUGCAAAGGGGUUGUAUUACUUGCAUCAAGCUUGUGAGCCUCAUAUAUUGCACCGUGACAUUAAGUCCAGCAACAUUCUUCUAGACGAGAACUUUGAUUCUCAUUUAGCGGAUUUCGGAUUAGCUAGGCUUAUGAAUCCUUACGAGACGCAUGUUAGUACUGAUUUGGUUGGGACUUUGGGUUAUAUUCCUCCUGAAUAUGGGCAAGCUUCGGUUGCUACUUAUAAAGGUGAUGUGUAUAGCUUUGGAGUUGUGCUUCUUGAGCUUUUGACUGAUAGAAGACCGGUGGAUAUGUGUAAACCCAAGGGAGGGAGGGAUUUGAUCUCGUGGGUUGUUAGGAUGAAGAGUGAGGGUCGAGCUAGUGAGGUUUUUGAUCCGUUCAUUCAUGGUAAAGAGAAUGAGAAAGAGAUGGUUAGGGUUCUUGAGAUUGCUUGUUUGUGUUUGAGUGGAAACCCUAAACAGAGACCAACGACUGAACAGUUGGUCUCUUGGCUUGAUCAUGUCUAGAAGGUGGACUCUAAUCUUCACAGAGACAGGGAUACAUUUUGUAGGGAGUCAUUUCUAUACUUUUGAGAUACAGUGUAAAUAGUUUCCAGAGAAUAAUUUGCUUCAUUUUAAUCUU